AAAACCUGCAAAUUUCAUCAAACUGCGACUAAUUUCUUUCAGGCUCAGAAAAACCCCCAAAACAGUUGCUACAGAACGUGACCAGUCGACUUUAAGUUGGGGCCCAGAAAAUGGAGACCAUUGAGAAAGUGGUGAAUAUUGCUAAGCCCUUUCUUGAGCUGGUUGCCCCUGCUCUACACCAGUUCCUAAACAACGCUCAGAGCAAAGAGGUCUCCUUCGUCAAGGAGCCGAUCCUGACUUUGAAGAACAAACUUGAUGUGAUCUCUGCCCAACAGAAGGAAAUCAGCAGAGAGAUGGAAAAGAGCUUAGUGGAUUUGCAGUAUUUUGAUAUGGAGAGCAAUAUGCAGUACCAGUAUGACAAGUUCAUUGACAUCUUGGAAGCAGAGGAGAAGUUACAGGAGGAAAACAAGUCUAUUUUUCUGGAACAGUUUGUCCAGGCUGGUGACGACAGCAGUCUGGACCCAUUGUAUGACGCUGUGAUGAGGAAUGGCCAGUUUGGGGAGUCUAUUUUAGAUGUAAUGAAAAGACAUGCAGCAGGGGAUUGAGGCCUCCUGGUGGAUUUCUGUGUUCGGCUGAUGAAUCUUCUCAUGAAGGGCUUGAUUGCUCUGCGGGGCCACUGCGCCCUAAACC